CAUCCGCCAUUUGCAGAGAUUGCGCGUGGUUUACGUGUUGAAGUGGUGUUCUAUAUGUUCCUCGUGUUUAACAGCUGAUAAUCGUUAGUUUUUAUGUGAAGAUGAGUUCGCAGUUGGAUCCGGCGAAGCUGAAGGUGGUCGAGCUACGUUCGGAGUUGGCGGCACGUAAGCUCGACACGAAGGGCAACAAAGCGGCUCUCGUGAAACGCUUGCAGGACGCUUUGGAUGCCGAGCAGCCCGAUGAAGGCGGCAACCAGUCUGAGGUUACUGAAACAGAAGCCGAACCCCAAAACGAAGUCGAAGCCCCGUCAGAUAAAUCUGAGGAUGUAAAAAAUGACGUUCAGACUAAAAUGGAGGUUGAACAAGAGGUCGUUGAAGAGAAACCAGAAAAACCUGCUGUGGAACAGGAAAGUCCUGUGAAAGAAAAAGUAGAAGUAAAGGAAGAGGAAAAGGAAGUAUCUGCAAAAGAAGAGAAAGGAGAAGCAGCAGCAAAUGAAGAGAAAGAGGAAGUGGCACUAAAAGAAGAUAAAGAGAAUGUGAAUGAAAAUAAAAGUAAUGAGGAGGUGACAGAAAGCCAAGACACUUCUGAAAAUGAUCAAGUUGCUCAAGUAGAAGAAAAUGGAGAAAAAGCUCACGAGGAGGAGAAAAAGUCGGAUGAAAAAAUGGAGGACGAUUCGGUUCCAGAAGAGACGGUAGAACCGGAGACGGAGAAGAAGCCCGAGGAGACGGAAAAACGUGGCGAAAAACGUCGACGUUCGAGUCCGUCUCCGGAACGUGCGCACCAAAGGAAACGGAGCAAGUCACCGAUAAAAGAAGAUGAACCGAUCCUCGACAAUGACAAAGUGCAACUCAGCUGGUAUGACUCUGAUCUUCACCUACAACUAGAUAAAGAAUCAUUUUUAUCUGGAAGACCCUUUAAUGAGGGUGCAUUUGGAUUUGUUUGGGCUGGAGUUAGAACUAACUGCGGCGUUUCCGAUGGAAAGGUACGUUACGAGGUAAAAUUGACGGAAGAAUUGGCGUGGGAAGACUUUUCCCAGCAAAAAAAACGUUCGGACCGCGACUCAUUCAAGCUAGACCAUCGCAAAAGCGUCACCCCCAAAAAAACAUCGAAAGAAGCCGACAAGAAACAGGAUGAACCUAAAUCCGAACCUGAGAACACGAACGGCAACGCAGAUGACGAAAAACCAACCGAGACUACAGAUAAAGUCGAGGAAAAACCCGAGGAACCUGCAGAGCACCCGGAAGCUAUGCAAAACGAAGAAGAGAAAACUGAGGAAAAACCGUCCGAAGAACAAACAGAAGUGAAAGAAAAAGAGGAGAAGGAGGAGGAGCCUGAAAAAACCGUCACAAUUCCGGUACACGUGAUACGUAUCGGUUGGUCGGUGAUCGAUGCCGAUUUAAUGCUUGGAGAAAGCAAACAUUCGUACGGUUACGAAUCAAGUGGUCAGUUUGUGACUGAGAAGCAAUUUCAGGAUUACGCCGUUAAGUAUGCCGUUGGCGACGUCGUCGGCGCCUAUGUGAACAUCGGCGAGAACAUCGAAAUAACGUACACAGUGAACGGCGUGGCCCAACCGACCGCCGUGACGGUCCCAAAGUCGGACCUACCGGAAAACUUCGCUCUCUUUCCGCACAUCCUGUCCAGGAAUGUGGCGUUCGAAAUUAAUGUCGGCCAAAAAGAAGAACCGUGGUUUGCUUCGCCUGCUGAACUCGAAGAUUACGUUUUUCUCGACCGCAUCGAAAACAAAGUGGCCGGACCGCAAAGGCCCACCGACCGAUCUGAGUGUGAGGUGAUAUUGAUGUGCGGCCUGCCCGCCUGCGGCAAAACUCAUUGGGUGAGGGAACACGUCAAGAACAACAAGGAGAAGAGGUAUCACGUCAUUGGGAACACUCAGUUGCUUGAAAAGAUGACGGUGUGUGGUGCCCCCUUAAAAUCAACUUUCAAAGGACGUUGGAGUCUCCUAAUGGACCGUUUGCAGAGAGGCAUUAACCAUCUAUUAGAAGUGGCACCGCUUAGACGUCGCAACUACAUUAUCGAUCAGACAAACGUGUUCCCAUCGGCCCAGCGCCGUAAGUUACGGCCGUUUGAGGGCUUCAAGAGAAAAGCUGUCGUUUUAGUAGUAACUGAUGAGGAGCAGGCCAAACGUCAAACGCUACAAGAAGCACAGGACGGUAAAGAGGUUCCAGAUAACACCAUCUUAGAAAUGAAAGCCGCGAUGACUCUGCCGGAGAAAGGCGAGUGGCUUGAUGAGGUAAUUUUCGCCGACAUCGAGGAAGAAAAAGCAAAAGAAAUGGUAGCCAAGUACAAUAAGGAUGGAAAAUCAGCGGGUUACGGAACCGGCGUGAAGAGGACUCCCCGUAGAGACUGGCACAAACGUACAGAUACGAGAAGGACGAAUCACAGAGACAGAAACUACCACAACAGAUACGACAACAGGACGCCGUACCGUUCGAACUGGAAUCACAGGUCCAGCGGUCCCUGGGAUAGGGACAGACGCGACUCCGGACGCCGAGACUGGAGACCCAGACAUGAAAUGCGACCAUACGAUCGUCGAGAUCGCCAAUCCAGCGACAGCUACAACAGACGGCAAAGUCACGACAAUAGGAGUGGUAGUCGGAGCAGCAGUAGCCGCGGCUGGCAAGGUUACCAUCACGGUAGCUCGAGCGGCGGCGGCGGUGGUGGCUGGAAUCAGCAGGUUUUCGGCCAACACAGCGGUUCGUGGGGCGCAGGCCAACAACAGGGCGGCGGCCAGGGAUACAACCAGUGGAAAUACAGUGGCUCCGGCAGCGGACAAGGUGGAUAUGGCAGUGGAAGCGGGGGCUACGGCAAUUGGAAUUAUUACGGGCAAUAUGCACAGGGGUGGGGAUCGAAAUCUUCAAAGCAUAAAUCCUGAGUACCAAAAUGAAUUAGUUAGCACUCGAAUCUAACCAUUUAUAGCGUUAUUGUAAAUUAACUAACACAAAUCGUAAUUGCAAGACACAGCUAUUGAUUCUGUUACUAUUUUGCAAAAGAAAAAAAUUGUAUUCACACUUGAGUUUUGUUUCUAUUUUUAUUAGGGUCAGGGAGGAAGUUCUACGCCUGCUCAGACCCAACAGAAUUGGGCUCAGUAUGCCCAACAAUACGCCCAGCAAAACACACCGUCGUACAAACAUAACAAGUAAAAUAAACACGUAGUAGAAUUUUUGCCAUCUCAGGUUAACCAGACACCAUGUUGCGCAAGUUGUACUUUUGCCAUGGUUUAAGUUAUUACUGUUUACUUUUAGUAAUGGAUUGUUUAUUUUUUUUAUUGUGUCUAAUAUUUGGAGCUUUUCAUUGCUUGAUGUUGAGUUUUCACAGAUUUUAUUUUACUAAAUUUGACGUAGGGACUCUUGCACUUGAAUAUUAAAGUUAGAUAAAAAUGUAUUUGUAAUACAUUACAUUAAAGUACAAUUAAUUAUUUUGUUAUUUGAGUGUGUAACCCUUUCAAAUGUUCUCAAUAAUAUAAGAAUUGUGUGAUGUGAACUUAUUACUUUUGUAAAUAUGUUUAACAUUAUGAAGAAUGUUUGGUGUAGUUUGGAUAUAAUCAAAUAAUUUAAAUUCUUUUAUGGUGUGUCUUGUGUUUAACAAUUAUUUCUUUUUUUUUGUAAUAAAAUGUUACAAUUUUUACUAAUAUUAAAUUCUUAUAUAAAUAAAAAUAGUUGUAAAAAUUCUUUAUAUCUAUGUAUAUAAUUUAAAUAAUAAAGGUACAAUUAUAG